AUGCCGGCGGCGGCAGGCGACGGGCUCCUGAGCGAGCCACCGGCGGUGGCGGGAAGCGGCGGCGGGGAGGCGCGGAGGGCGGCGGCGGCGGGCGCAGAGUGCAGUUUCCUGGCCGCCUGGUUAAGCGCGGCGGCGGCGGCGCCGCGGGAGCGGCUCCGCGACUUCCAGCACACCAAGCGGGUCGGCAACUAUCUGAUCGGCAGGAAGCUGGGAGAGGGGUCUUUCGCCAAGGUCCGGGAAGGGCUGCAUGUGCUCACCGGAGAGAAGGUGGCAGUGAAAGUAAUUGACAAGAAAAGAGCCAAAAAGGACACCUAUGUCACCAAGAAUCUGCGACGGGAAGGGCAGAUCCAGCAAAUGAUUCGCCACCCAAAUAUUGCUCAGCUGCUGGACAUACUAGAAACUGAAAACAGCUACUACCUUGUCAUGGAGCUGUGCCCUGGUGGCAACUUGAUGCACAAGAUCUAUGAGAAAAAAAGACUUGAGGAGCAUGAAGCACGCAAAUAUAUCCGACAGCUUAUCCUGGCAGUUGAACAUCUUCACCGGGCAGGAGUAGUUCACAGGGACUUGAAGAUAGAAAAUCUGUUGCUCGAUGAAGACAACAAUAUCAAGCUUAUUGACUUUGGAUUGAGCAACUGCGCAGGCAUCUUGGGUUAUUCUGAUCCAUUCAGCACCCAGUGUGGGAGCCCAGCAUAUGCAGCCCCUGAACUUCUGGCAAGGAAAAAAUACGGCCCCAAAAUAGAUGUUUGGUCCAUUGGGGUGAACAUGUACGCAAUGUUGACUGGAACAUUACCCUUUACUGUGGAGCCAUUCAGCUUGAGAGCUUUAUACCAGAAAAUGGUGGACAAAGAAAUGAACCCUUUUCCCACCCAACUCUCUACAGCGGCUGUAAACUUUCUGCGGUCUCUACUAGAGCCAGAUCCUGCCAAGAGACCAAACAUCCAGCAGGCACUUGCAAAUCGAUGGCUUAAUGAGAAUUACCCUGGACGAGCACCACCUAAUGUCACAUACCCAAACAGGAUUCACCUUGAGGACCUCAGCCAAAGCGUGCUGCUCCACAUGACUGAGAAGCUUGGCUACAAGAACAGCGAUGUCAUCAACACUGUGCUCUCCAACAGGGCAAGUCACACGCUUGCAAUCUACUUUCUACUUAAUAAGAAGCUGGAGCGCUACUUGGCAAGCCUUAGGGUAAGCCAGGACAAUAUUUGCCACAAGAACCAACUAUACCAGAUAGAAAAAUACAAGGCAAAUAAAGACUCCUAUGAGGCCUCAGGUGAUGAGUGGACAAAAAGGUAUCACCUGAACAAAGACAAAAAACUCAAAGAACAAGAAAAGAAAGGGGAGAUUCUUCACCGUCAGCUCCCAAAGAAAACUGAGAAAAGUCCAGUUUCAUAUAGACAGCCUUCUUCCUGUCUUAUCUCACAGAUACAGAACACCAAGGCUCUGCUGAAGGACCGGAAAGUCACCAAGGCUGGAGGUCCAGAGAAAGACUCUAGUGGUGGGGUAAGCCCUUUCCAUGAACCCCUGGCGACCAAGACAGGCUGUGUCACUUCCAGCUCCCUGGAGUACCUUGAAGUCCAGCAGCCACCCCCUAGAACCCCUCGGCUCCUCAAGAGGCAGGAGUCUCCACAGCAGGAGCCAGCCCGGAUUGGGGGCCGGGCAAAGGACUCUCCUCUCAUCCUGAAUAUUGUACACUCCUUUGAGUCAGUUGACAGAGAGGACCAGAUAGACCAGGUUUCCCCCUCGCAUCAGUACAGAAUUUUGGGCUCACCAAUUAAUUUCCCUUACAAAAGCUCCAGUGAAAGGACAUUGUCCCCACUUUUUCAGCCAGGAAGUGCGUCCCCUGUCCACCCCAACCAAGUCUCUUUCACAUACGAAGAAAAAGCAUAUCCGGCAAAAGAAGAAGCAGUAUCCCCUACACAGCUGGUUUCCAACAACCCCUUGGGCAGCCCCAACUGUGUUAAAAGCCGAGGCAGAUUCCCCAUGAUGGGGAUCGGACAGAUGCUGCGGAAGAGGAACCAGACGAUGCAGUCGGCGGGUGACAAGCCGCUGGAAGCCAGGAUGCCUCAGCUGCAGCAGAUGAGCCCCACGCAGAUUUCCUUCAAUGCAGCAGACGCUGUCAGCGGCCAGUGUUAG